AUGCCGAGCACCGUCUCGCCUAGCAGGCGCCCCGGCGGCGGCAGAUGGUGGCGCUGGCGCACCCUCACGCGCGGCGACCUCCUCACCUUCCUGGUCGCUGCGAUGCUGUGCUCCGCGUCCUACUGCCUGGCCAUAUGGCACAACAGCCGCGGCGCCGCGGACAGCCGCGUCGUCCUCGGGCCCAGCGCGGGCGCGGGCGCGGCCGGCGCCUCGUGGCCCUGCGGAAGCGAUGCACGCGCGGGCGCGGCUGAAUCGCGACGAGUCGCUGGACUUCGAGGCCCACCACACCGCCGAGAGCGCCGGGCUGUCCGUCUCGGCUUCUUCUGCGGCCGCAACGACGACGACGACCAGAGCCCGGCGGGCAUUAAGCGGGGCCACGGCGUGAGCGGGGAACUUGCUUGGGCCUCGGCGCGGAGGCCGCCGCCGGCGCCAGGAGGUGAUCCCGCGUUAUGGGUGGGUCGUUCCGACCUCCGUGUGUGCCGGGUCUCGACGUCGGAGCCAUGGUGA